CAAAAAUCUUUUUUACCUAUACUUUUAUCAAUCCUAAGCAUCUUUGCACAUCUCCUACAAAAUUUUUUUUUUUACACACCCUAAAAAAAGAAGCUGGAUCCGCCCCUGUCAGUGGAAGCCCGUCUUCUGUGCUAUAUAUUGGAAGGGAUGAGCUGUCUCCGAUGGAUAUCGCAUCUAAACCAGAGUAAAGUUUAGGCUGUUUGAGAUUCCCUGCAUCGGCGGUAAUGUGGGCUGUUGCUCCAGAAUCCAGGUACCAGUUUGGAGAUGCUGGGGAUGUGGAGGAGUAGAGUGCUCUUCUAGGUGUUGCGGUCGGUGGAGUAUAGUUUAGAUCAGCCCAAUGCCAACAAUGCAGAGCUAUAUGUCCGAAUUUGCCCGAAUUUGCCGCAAAUUUGGCAACUCACGCGUUGGAAUCCUUGCGUUCGUCCUUGUCCUUGAGUUGCAUUGAAUGGAGGACGAGUCGAAGAUUGUGCUUCUCCGGUGCUGAUUCAUUUAUAAAUCUAAAAUAAAAGAAAAAAAUAUAGGUAACAAACCAAAUAUAUACAAUUUCAAAAUUAUAAGGAAAUGACAGAAAUCUAAAACAGAAAGACAAUAUUUUAGCAUAUGAAAUAAAAUUCAUUAAGUUAUCAUCACACUCGUUGAGAAUUAAUGAUGAAAAGUAAUGCAAAUUCAUAAUUGAACACAGUUUCAUUUGUUUGUUCAUUCAUGUCUCGAAGAUUUUUUUAUUACAGUGAAUAUAAUUCAACGCAGUUUGACAAACUUUCAUCUACCACCACGGGUGCACUCACUCGGACAUCAAUGAUAGUAAGGUUGAGGUUGGAGCUGAGACGUUAAUUGUAUUAACUUCAGGAUAGUUAAUUCUUAUUGGUAGUUAAAUGGCUACAUCGGAUUAUUGUUUGUUUUUGGUUGUGUAGCCUAAUAGGUUGCUACCUUUGUCUAUAAAUCGGUAGUAAUGUUUGUAAUUGAAGAUUAAUAAGAUUUGAGUUGAGUUUGUUUGUUUUCUUGUAUCCUAAGAGUGAUUCUUAGGUGAUGGAUCCAUCCUCCAAGAAGUUCUUGGAGUUAUCCGGCCACGGCCACCAGAUCAUUGACGUGGAUUUGUCGAGCCCCCUCCGGUCCGGUGUCAAAGGUUAUAUCAAAAUGUUCCAAUGACCCAAUCCUAAGCAGUAAGCACUGAAUCUAGAAGUAAAGUGAGAUGUGUCACCUUGUUUACAUGAUCUCUUUUCUCACUCCUUAGGGCAUCUCCAACCGAACUUUCAACACAUGAAUGACGUCGCUCGCGAGUUCCAGCCGAACAGCAAAACUUUUUGUAUUUGGUUGCAGAUGAACAGUGCGACGUCAAUAUUGACGUUGCACUGUUCACUCAUGUUAUUUUUCUAUCUCUAACGGAUUUGUCGAAGAAACGCCCCUAAGAGGAUUAAGACGGUUACUUUUUUAGAAGUGAGAAAAAAAAAAGAGAGAUUUUCGGUGGAGAUGCCCUUAGUCUCAAUUCUUAUCUCUCUCAUAUUUAAUAGAAAAGUUGACUAAAUCAACCAUUUGAUUCUCUGAAGUCAUCAUUUAUAUCUGAAAGGAACAUUUUGAAAUGAUUUUACUAUUUCAUUUAAAGCAAGUGACACUUCUUUGUUACAAGAGACAAGCAGCGAAAGUCCCCGCUUCAAUAAUAAUAAUAAUAAUAACCUGGAAGGACCUUUGUCUUUUUUUUGGGGGAAUGGAAGGACCUUUGUCACCCCGUUUUCACGCACAUAGCAGUAGCUGGCAAGAGAGGUAAGGUAAGCCUCUUUUUUGUUUUUUUCAUCUAGCGCUCUCACACGAAGGUCACCAGCUCCCGUGACCCUCCCUCACUCGAGCCUUUCGCUGGCCUCCAGAUCACCUACAGCAUUUAUGAUACAUUUAAAGUGUUAGAAAGAUUUGACGUUGGAAAAGUUUUUUUUUUUUUUUUGGGGAAACGUUGGAAAAGUUCAAAUUAGCAGGCGUAGUUGGAAGUUGACAGAAGAAGGCAUGAGCAACCCUUUAUAUGUACUCCAUAUGAGCUUGUUGUCUUCUUAAAUCCUCCCGGCCCAAUUUUACAGCUCUUCAAAGAAGCCAUGGCAGAUUUGAAUUCAAAAAUCACUCUCAAACUUCUGAUCGAUGUUCGUAGCCACAAAGUUCUUUUCGGUGAGGCUGAUAAAGACUUCGUAGAUUUCAUGUUCAGUCUUCUUACUUUCCCACUAGGCUCUGUCAUCAAGCUCCUCUCUCCUACAACUAUGAUUGGAUCUAUUGGAAAACUUUAUCAAAGCGUAGAAAAUCUUAACGAGAUUUAUCUAGUGGCAAACAGAGAUAAAUCCUCUUUACUUCAACCGAAAGUGUCCACUAAUGUUAAGAAUCAUUUGCUUCUCGACACAGAAGCCAUUGCAGAACCCAAAUACUAUAUUUGUAAUCAUUGCAAUAGAAAAGUCACUACUGUAAAAAGCACCGUGUGCCCAAACUGCAAGCAGGCGAUGGUCACCGAAGCUGCCUUCGUGGUUCCAUCGGAUUCUACUUCUUUAGCUACUGGAGCCGAAACUGGAGGGGAGAAUGCUGGAGGAUUUGUGAAGGGAGUAAUCACUUACAUGAUUACAGAUGACAUGGAAGUGACGCCUAUGUCUGCAAUCUCUAGUAUCACUCUUAUGAAUCGCUUCAGCAUGAAAAAUGACGUUCAACUAAUGGAGAAGGUGGUCGCCGUCGGCAUGAAAGAGGGGCUUGCUUUGCUUAAGGCUUCGUUAGACUCACCAACUGCUUUGACUGAUGUCUUCUGUUCACCUAAUAAGAAGAAGGCAAAGCCUCCACCUUCCUCUUUUGUGAAUUAUUAUGAUUAAUGAUUACUAUCUCCCUAUUUUAAACAUUUUGUGUAAUGCUAUGAUCCUAUAAAAAUAUGAGAAUUUUGGCUAUCCUUAUAUCAUGUGUAUUUGUUUUACAAGAUUUUUGUAUAAGUUUUGCUAAGAUAUUUGGACUAGUAUUUGUAUGCAAGUGUAAC